ACGAACGACCUCGGCGAUGCGCACCGCGCGUCCUCGCGUUUGUCAAAAUUGAAAACUAAUUUUCAUAAAUUUCUUAAUUAUUUACUAAAGUAUAUUAUAUGUGCUGUGUAAUUGAUUCUUGAAACAUGCUGGUUUUGUUCGAGACCCCGGCGGGGUACGCUAUUUUCAAGUUGCUGGAUGAGUCCAAGUUAUCAGAGAUUGAUGAUCUCUACCAGGAGUUCAACACCCCAGAGGGAGCUUCCUCUGUAGUGAAACUAAAGAACUUUGUCAAGUUUGAAGACACUACAGAGGCUUUGGCCGCCACCACUGCAGCUAUUGAGGGUAAGAUCUCCAAGCCACUGAAGAAAGCAUUGAAGAAGUAUGUUUGCAAGGAAGUCCAGGACCAACUUCUGGUUGGAGACUCGAAGCUUGGCAGUGCUAUUAAGGAGAAAUUUGAUCUACAAUGUGUCUCAAAUACCAAUGUCCAGGAAUUGCUCAGAUGCAUCCGUUCCCAGAUGGACAGCCUCCUCGCUGGCCUCCCGAAGAAAGAGAUGACGGCUAUGGCUCUCGGUCUUGCUCACUCCCUGUCCAGAUAUAAGCUCAAGUUCUCCCCUGAUAAGAUUGAUACUAUGAUCGUCCAGGCACAGUGCCUCCUUGAUGACUUAGACAAGGAAUUGAAUAACUACAUCAUGAGGUGCCGUGAGUGGUAUGGCUGGCACUUCCCUGAGCUGGGGAAGAUUAUCACUGACAACACAUUGUUUGUGAAAAUUGUCAAACUCAUUGGUACACGUGACAAUGCUUCACAGACCGAUCUCUCAGACAUUUUACCUGAAGAUUUAGAAGAAAAAGUUAAGGAGGCAGCUGAGAUUUCCAUGGGAACGGAAAUUUCUGAGGAUGACAUCAUAAAUAUACAGAAUUUGUGUGACGAAAUAAUUUCAAUUACAGACUAUAGGACACACUUGACAGAUUACUUGAAGGCUAGGAUGAUGGCUAUGGCACCUAACCUGACAGUAUUGAUUGGUGAACACAUUGGUGCUAGGCUUAUUGCUCAUGCUGGAUCAUUGAUGAAUUUGGCCAAACAUCCGGCUUCUACUGUACAGAUUUUCGGUGCAGAAAAAGCUCUAUUCCGUGCUUUGAAGACGAAGAAGGAUACUCCAAAAUAUGGUCUGAUCUAUCACGCUCAACUUGUAGGACAGUGUAGUACAAAGAAUAAGGGAAAGAUGUCCCGUAUGUUGGCAGCGAAGGCUGCUUUAGCAACAAGAGUAGAUGCCUUCGGAGAGGAUGUGUCGUUUGAACUUGGUGCUGAGCAUAAAGUGAAGUUGGAAAAUAGACUGCGACUUCUAGAAGAGGGCAACUUAAGGAGGAUCAGUGGCACUGGCAAAGCUAAAGCAAAAUUCGAGAAAUAUCACAGCAAAUCUGAGGUGUUCCAAUACCCAGUGGCGGGAGACAGCACUUUGGGCAAGAAGCCAGUGAAGCGGGAGCACUCUCCAGAGGAGGACGGUCACACGUCCAAGAAGAUGAAGUUAGAAGACGGGGCUAAUGAUGUAACACCAAAAAAGAAGGUGAAAGUGGAAGUCAAAGAGGAGGCUGAGGAAGAUGGUGCAGAGCCCACGUCUGAGAAAAAGAAAAAGAAGAAGUCUCUAGAGGCCGCGCAAGCGCAGGCCGAGGAACCCGAGGCCGAGGCUGAGCCCGUUACCCCCAAGAGCGAGAAGAAAAAGAAGAAGAAGAAAAAGUCCCUCUCAGAAGAAUAGUCUACCUCCCACCCCACCUAGUUAAUAUACCCACAUACUGCGAGUAUGCCUGUCUACUGUUAAGAGAUGUUUUACUAAGUGAUAAGAAUGAAUGUGUAAUAAAUAAGAGUUAUAUUCUUUAAA